CUACCAUCCGACCCUGCAAGCACCAGAUACAGCCUGGGGACACAACACUGAAUCCCCAGAUGCCCUUCCAGUACUCCCCGAAGUACCUAAAGACAAGACGCAAGACGGGGCCUACCACAAACCCACCUACCGCGACCUCGAGUAUCUCUGGAGCGGGGAUCUCGCGGGAGACGCAGCAGAGCUGUGGUCGACCCAUACAACACCUGCCAAUACAUCCAUGGGGCGCAGAAACCAGAAACCUACACCCGGUAAUGCACCAGAACAGAGGGAUAUCGGAGCUAUGCUCCAGCG